GUUGCUGCAUUUAAAGAUGGCGCAGCGUUGUUCACCCCAUUCCGACAAUAUCUAAGCUUGUUUGAUGGGGACGUUUCGGUGUGAUUUUAUCGCUGCCUUUUAAGCGGCUCCUCUGAUUUCAUCCGCCACCAGAUUAUAGCGACAGUGAUAUGUCCGAAGGACCUUGUUGGCAAUAAAAAAAGCCAUCUCAAUGAGUAGCAGAAGGAAGCGGGCUCCGCCCGUCAAGGUGGACGAUGAAACUAAAAAGAAGCUCAACUGGAACAUGCAUGAGGACAGAAGGAGUGAAGCUGUCAUCCUGGAUGAUGACCACAUCCUGUCCUCAGAGUCCUCGUUGGUGUCUCCCUUGGCCGUGGGAAAGGGUGACCUCGAAGCCAGCUGCUCUAACUCCUUAGUGCUUGCCGAGCCCGGGCAAGAGCCCUCGUGUUCAUCCUCGGAGAAGCCCGCACCUUUCAGGUUGGCGUUGGUGCCCGUCUCCAAUGGGGACCAGGUCUGGAGGGCGUUACUCGGCGAGUUCUACCUCAGCACCAGCAGCUUUCCCGUGGAUCUUGAGGAGAGACGCCUUGCUCUACAGCGGAGUGGCGAUCGGCUUAGUAUGUUCCCUCUGGAAGAUGCUGGACCCAGAGAUGAGGGACUGCUGGACCCGGCCACCAUGUCUGACUUUCCGGUAGAGUGCUCUCUUGCCGUCUCGGUGUUGGAAGACCUGGAGUGGCUGCAGAGAAGAAGGAUCAUCCAGCUUUGUCAUAAACAGGACAGGAUGUCCAUCAAGAUGAAAAGACCGUCCCUGGCAGAGAGGUUCAGUGGUUCCCAAGCGUUUUGCACCGAGCACCACAGAUCAAACCAGCGAAGUACCACAUGGGUUGGAAUUUACCUGUUGGAGGCCGGUUUGGGACGACCGGAGUUGCUGAGCGAGGGGAACAGCAGGAUACGAAAAGCGAACCAGCUGAUGCAGAAGCUGAUGGAGCUCUUUUACGACUUCAUCAUCCCCGAGGUCGUGGAGGGCGAGGAGGGGAAGUGCGACACCGAGCUGGAGAGACAGAACGUGGAGGAGCUGUACGACUAUGUCAGGCACCUGCACCAGCUGGAGGACCUGGAUCUGACGGUGCAGGUCCAGCAUGAAGCCCUCAUCCCUGUCCUCAGACCCUAUCAGUGUCAGGCCGUCAACUGGAUGCUGAAGAAAGAAAGAUACGGGAAAGACGCAGUGAUGCAAGAGAGAACUAUGAAUUUUCUUUGGAGGGAGGUGGUCACUGGUUGUGAAAAAAAACUCUUCUAUAAUCCCUACACAGGCUGCCUUAUUCGGGAGUUUCCACUGGCUGGGGUGGACUGGCCCGGUGGAAUCCUGGCAGACGAGAUGGGGCUGGGGAAGACAGUAGAGGUUCUCGCUCUCAUCUUGGUCAAUACCCGGAAAGGCCUCCAGGGCGGCGGUCUCACUCUGCCUGCAGGGAAGUCAGUGAACUACUUUGUCCCCCCACCACCUACAAAGAGGGAGGGGACUGACCAUUACAAGCGAAAGAUGCAACCCAAAGAAAAAGUAUCGUAUCCAGCCAUACGCGUGAUGCUCCUGACCGCCAUAAAAGAGAUGAGGGUGGGGAAAGGAGCCUCCAUCAACGCCAUCUUCACCUACAUCCGCGCCACGUACGGCUACGACCUGCUGAAGAACCGCGGCCACAUCCGGAAGGCGCUGGGCAGGCUCAUCAAAGAGGAGAUGGUGGAGCAGGUCAAAGGUCGAGGGCUGGCUGGCUCCUUCCGGCUAGGGAAGAACUACAAAGAAAGCAAGAGGAAGGGCAGCGCUGGGAAAUCCCAAAAGGCAGGCCACCAGGAGAGUAAGCAAAGGAGAACAUCCUCCAGGUGUGCCGGACAGGUGAAGGACACCAGCAUCAUAGAGCACCCCCUGGUGGAGGAGUGUUUAAACAGCAGCAUCUCUGCGGGGCCCCUUUCUCCCGGGUACCGACAUGAACUGGACGAUUCGUCGGAGGGGAGGAACUGUAGCACCCAAGAUUCAAAAAUCACAGCCCCGGCAGAUGGGCCUGUAGGGGGCGUCGGAGAGACAGACAUGGAUCCCCUCAGGGGAAGCAAUCAAGAGGAGGUGGCGGGUGCAGGCGUGAUGGAUGUACCUGCCCGGGCCUCGGCGGUUCUACCUUUCAACACUCCCGACUACCGGUUUGAGUGUAUCUGCGGGGAACUGGGCCUGAUCGACUAUAAGGCUCGCGUCCAAUGCCUCAAUUGCCUCCUGUGGCAGCACGCUGAGUGCGUCAACUACAAGGAAGAGAGUCUGGGGAAGACGCCCUUCUACUGCCCCCACUGCCUGGUGGCCAUGAAGCCAGUCCCCACACGGGCCACCCUCAUCAUCUCUCCCAGUUCCAUCUGCCACCAGUGGGUGGACGAGAUCAACCGCCACAUCCGAUGCUCCUCGCUCCGGGUUCUGGUUUACGGCGGCGUGAAGAAGCACGGCUUCGUGCAGCCUCACUUCCUGGCCGAGCAGGACGUGGUCAUCACCACGUACGACGUGCUGCGCUCCGAGCUCAAUUACGUGGACAUCCCGCACAGCAACAGCGAGGAUGGCCGCCGCUUCCGCAACCAGAAGCGCUACAUGGCCAUACCGAGCCCCCUGGUGGCCGUCGAGUGGUGGCGCAUCUGCCUGGAUGAAGCCCAGAUGGUGGAGUGUACCACCGCUAAUGCCGCAGAGAUGGCAUUGCGCCUUUCUUCAGUCAACCGUUGGUGUGUGAGUGGGACUCCCGUGCAAAGGGGCCUAGAAGAUCUAUACGGCCUUGUGUUGUUCCUUGGGGUUGACCCCUACUGGGUGAAGUACUGGUGGGACCAACUCCUCUACCGCCCCUAUCGCCGGGGAAACACAGAACCCCUCUAUAAUGUCAUUGGCCAGAUUCUGUGGAGGUCGGCCAAGAAGGACGUCAUUGACCAGAUUCAGAUUCCACCUCAGACUGAGGAGAUCCACUGGCUGAAUUUCUCUCCGGUCGAGGGCCAUUUCUACCACCGGCAGCACGAGGUCUGUUCCCAGGAUGCUCUCCACAAACUCAGGAAGAUCUCAGACUGGUCACUGCGGCUGGGAAGUCUGGACCGACGGACGGUCAACAGCAUCCUGUACCCGCUGCUCAGGCUGAGGCAGGCGUGCUGCCACCCGCAGGCUGUCCGCGGCGAGUUCCUGCCCUUCCAGAAGAGCACCAUGACGAUGGAGGAGCUUCUCAAGACCUUGCAGAAGAAGUGCCGGGUGGAGUGCGAGGAGGCACACCGGCAGCUGGUGUGUGCGCUCAACGGCCUGGCCGGCAUCCACAUCAUCCGAGGUGAGUUUGUCGAGGCCGUGGAGAUGUACAGGGAGGUGCUGCACUCCUCAGAGGAGCACAAAGACAGGCUCAAAACGGACUCCCUCCAGAGGCUACACGCCACACACAAUCUGAUGGAGCUGCUCAGCGCAAAGCAUCCUGGGAUACCCCCGACUCUGAGAGACGACCGACUGAAGGAAGAGGCAGGGCAGCUAAGGCAGCACUACAUGACCAAGUCCAAUCAGGAGGUUUCCGACGCCCAGCAGGCCCUGCAGCCCGUCCUGCAGAGCAUCAGCGAGCUGAAGGGCAAGGUAGAUUUGAAGUCCCCCUGGUGGCUGGACGUGGUACAGCAGGCCAUCCGCUACUCCAUCGACGACGACCUGGUGCAGCGCAUCCAGAAUGAGCUGACCUGCAGUUACAAGCAGGAGCCCAGCAAGCUGUCCUUAGCAGACAAGUUCCGGGACGGUCGCGGCCUGCAGUUCCUGCUCACCACUCAGAUGGACGACCUGAUCAAGUCCCAGAAGACAGUGCAGGGCGCGGUGAAGAAACUGGAGGGCCCGCCGUCUAAGGAGGUCAUCGAGGAGGCCACCAUCUGCCACCUGAGACCAGUGCGGCUGCCACUUAACAACUGCGUGUUUUGCAAAGCGGACGAACUAUUCACGGACUACGAGUCCAAGCUGUUUUCUCACACUGUGAAGGGCCAGACAGCCAUCUUUGAGGAGAUGAUCGAGGACGAGGAGGGCCUUGUGGACGACCGGCUGCCCACCACCAGUCGCGGCCUGUGGGCGGCCAGCGAGACGGAGCGCUCGCUGAAAGCCAUCCUGUCCUUCGCCAAGGCUCGCCGCAUGGAUCCCACACUGCUGGAGGAAGGCACCACCUUCAUGGAGCUCUUCGAGGCGUGGAAGAAGGAGUACAAGCUACUGCACGAGUACUGGAUGGUGCUCCGGGAUCACGUGUCAGCCAUUGACGAGCUGGGCAUGGCCACGGAGCGUCUGCGGGUUCGACAUCCGGACGAGCCCAAGGCCAAGGUGCUGCACAUCAUCGAGCCGCACGAGGUGGAGCAGAACCGAGUGAAACUCUUAAAUGACCGAGCAGUAGCCAAAUCCCAGCUUCAGAAGAAACUCGGCCAGUUCCUGUACCUCACGAAUCUCGAGAAGUCCCAGGACAAAUCCACAGGGGGCUUGAACCCAGAACCAUGCCCCAUCUGUGCCCGGCCGCUUGGACGAGAGUGGGCCGUGCUGACCUGCGGCCACUGCUUCUGCAACGAGUGCAUCGCCAUCAUCCUGGAGCAAUACAGCGUGGGCACACGGCGGCGGGCCAUCAAGUGCGCCAUCUGCAGGCAGACCACGUCCCACACGGAGAUCUCCUACGUUUUCACCACCCAAGCGGCCAGCCAAGGACACGACAUCCCUGUCAGAGGAAGUCACUCCACCAAGGUGGAAGCAGUAGUGAGGACCUUAAAGAAGAUCCAGAUGGCCGAUCCGGCUGCCAAAGCACUCGUGUUUUCCACGUGGCAGGGCGUGCUGGAUAUCAUCUCGCAAGCCCUCUUCGACAACAACAUGGAGUUCUCACAGAUUAAUGGGAUUCAUAAAUUCCAGGAGAACCUUUCCUCUUUCAAGUACGACGAGAAGAUCAACAUCUUGCUGCUGCCGCUGCACACGGGCUCCAACGGGCUGAACAUCAUCGAGGCUACGCACGUCCUGCUGGUGGAGCCCAUCCUGAACCCCGCCCACGAGCUGCAGGCCAUCGGGAGGGUGCACCGAAUCGGCCAGACCAAGCCGACUUUUGUCCACCGGUUCCUGAUUAAAUCCACCAUAGAAGAAAGGAUGCAGACCAUGUUAAAAACCGCGGAAAAAAGUCACAGCACCUCCGCCACCAUGAAGCACUCGGAGGCAUCGGUGCUGACGGUAGCAGACCUGGCGGACCUGUUCACUGAGGACCACGAAGCCAUGGAGUGACAGGUCGGGCCAGCGGGCCCCAGGCACAGGCGGCGGCAUUACGGUGGCCACGGAGGACCAAUCAGCACACGGCGUGGUUUGUCCCCAUUUAUAAAUGUGCAAGAUACUUUGAGAUGUGGGUGGUCAUACUACACUGUUCUUCAUAUUCAGGGUUUCAAAUUGUUUUUCUAGGCUAGUACUUCAAUUUUCUGUACAUAGGAAGAUGCAUUUAGAAAAUACCAGUACCUCCUCCUGCAAUUUUAAUGUUCUGCAGUAAGUUACUUUUCAGGGAAGAACCUGAUUUCUGAAGAGGGGUAUUUAAAGAAGACUCACUUUUCAGUCAUAUUGCAAUCUUGCUUUUGCUUUUCAUCCCUGUCUGCUUAUUAUAUGUUUUUCACAGUAAUAUUGGUGGCAGAAUUCAGUUUAUAGCCUUAAUUUAAAGUAUGGGAGCCGGCUUAACGUUCCAUUGAUGAUAUCCCUGCGUAAUGUUUCAGGAAAACAUCAGCAGACUCCCCAGAGGGUAAUCCUUUAAGUAAGACGCUGGUUUACUCUGAAAGAUUCAAAAUAUUUAAAUUAGUUUUUUCAGGUCAUUCAGUUCUAAUUGGCUGUUGUUUUAUUUUUAAUUGGGUAGGUUUUUAAAAUAAAUAAAUAAAUUUAAAUCCUUAAUUAUAAAGCCACUUAUUUUUAAUGGAUAAGCACUAUUUUUUUCCAAGACUUAUUCUCAAGAGAAAAGUUUUGCUCCCUGUUGAAAUUUCUCCAGUUCGAAUGUUGUAAAGGGGUCGUUUUCUGGCUGUAAAAGUUCCAUUUGUCCUUUAACGUGCGACAGAGACGCUAGGCGCUUGUUUUCCAUCUGGCAAGGUCCUUUCAACGUGCCGUCUGGCCAGAAGCCAGAGGCAGAAGAUCGAGUCAGACUUUACAGUUCGUUUCAUUCACAUUUAAUCCAUAAAUCACAUCCCGUAAGAUGGUGCUUUAAAACGACACGAAAAAACACAUGUGGGGGGGGGGCAAACUCAUCAAAGAUGUGAGUAAUAGAAAGGUCUCCACCCAACUCUGCGAGAUGAGACCAGCAGGUGUUGCUGUCGAUAGUGAGAUCACGGUCCCCCACGAGCCGCCCAGUAAGAGGGAGUGUUGCAUUGCAUCUUCUUACCGAAUGUAAUUUUGUUUCUCAAUUUAAUGCCAUUAGCAUAACGUUAAAGGGAUAGAUCCCGCCGAGGCCGAUGAGCUUAUGAAAUGUAUUACCUUGGGAUGCAGGCCAUUCUCCCAAGUUUCAGUUAAAUCCUUAUUUAGCCAUUGAACUACUGCAACAAUGCACAUUCAGCACAAAUCCACAUUACCUUUAAGUCUUAAUCUCCUUUUACUUUUGCCAGUCGAAAAUACUCCCAGUGGUACAAAAUGUUCUGCUUUGUGUAAAUGGAUCAUAAUAAAUGUUUAAAGAAAUUGCAUCAAUAUUCAGGAGUUGGACUCAGGUGCUUUUUGUCUUCUCUGUAAUAGGAAAGAGAAACAAAUGUGUAGAUCUUUCCUACACCGCAAUGCAGACACAAAGCCACCAAUCCUCUGCCCGCCUUCUCCUGGGUCAGCACUUCUCAUGGCAAAAAUGAAAUUUUCCCAUUUUGGUGAGAUGUCAAGUACAAUACAAUGUCAGCUAUUGGUUAGCAUGUUAGCGCUGUUAUAUUUGUGCUCCACCACGCUAGUGAAGGUAUUUUUAUCAUUCCAAUAAACGAUUGUUUUGCUGUUAAUUUAUGUCCUCUAUGUAUUUAUAUCUCUGAAAAUAAAUGCCCGACUUAUUUUGC